AUGGCCGAGGAACAGCAUACAUACCCGUCCAUACAACUUAUUGAUGGAGAAAAGAACUUUACUAAUGACCUCCCUUCUUUUCUGAAGACGUCCGGCCUUGCCGAUGCGGGCUUCAAUUACAACAUGGUUGCCGUCUUUGGAAGCCAAUCGACCGGUAAAUCAACGCUUCUUAACAAGCUAUUCGGUACGGAUUUCGCGACCAUGGCAGAAGCGCAGCGAAGACAAACCACGAAGGGUAUCUGGAUGUCCCGUGGUGUUGACUCGCAUUGUUUGGUGAUGGACGUCGAAGGUACCGACGGUCGGGAGAGAGGUGACGAUCAGGAUUUCGAGCGAAAGUCAGCGUUGUUCUCCCUCGCUACAAGCGAAGUUAUCAUCGUCAAUCUCUGGGAGCAUCAAGUUGGUCUUUACCAGGGAGCCAACAUGGGCCUCCUCAAGACAGUCCUCGAAGUAAACUUGCAGCUCUUCCAAAAGGAAAAGCGCGAGAGGUCGAUGCUGUUCUUCGUCAUCAGGGAUCACGUCGGUGCAACUCCCCUCAAGAACCUUGCCGACACCUUGACCGCCGACUUGCAACGUCUGUGGGCGUCAAUCUCUAAGCCGGAAGGUCUGGAGGAGUCCAAGAUUGAGGACUACUUCAAUAUGGAGUUCACAACCUUGCCGCACAAAAUCCUCAUGCCGGAGAAGUUUGACGAGGAGGCAGCGCAGCUUCGGGAACGCUUCGUCACACCUACCAACUCUGGCUUCGUAUUCCGCAAGGAAUACCACAAGCGAAUCCCUGCGGAUGGAUUGACACACUACACUUCGAGCAUUUGGGACCAAAUUGUGCACAACAAGGAUCUCGACCUGCCCACCCAGCAGCAACUGCUCGCACAGUACCGCUGUGACGAGAUCAGCAACGAGACUAUCAACAAAUUCGAGGAUGCUCUUUUGCCUUUGCAGCAGGCCAUGCAGUCGGGGAAGGUUCUCGAGGGGCUCGGCCCUCAGAUGAGUAUCAUCCGCAAGAGCGCCUUGGAGUCUUUCGACCACGAAGCGUCAAGAUACCACCGUGAGGUCUACGAGCGUAAGAGGGCUGACCUUGUCAAGCGCGUCGACGCUCGUCUGCACGUUCUCUUCCUGGCUCAGCUUGCCGCGCUUCACAAAGGCUCCCUCAGGCAGUUCAGCGACAAGGUCACAGCCGGCAUUACCGGCAAGACCAACUAUGACUUUGCUGCGCUCGUUCGCGAUGCCAGUGAGUCCGCUAUUGCUGCCUUCAGAACUGAAGCGGAGAGCUGCUGCAUUGAGGGUACAUCAUGGACUUUUGACGAGGAGUUGCAGGUGUUGGCGAGGGAGAUCGCAGCCGUUGCUUCUCGAAUGCGAUUGGAAGAAAUGAAGCGUCUUGCGACUCGUUUGGAGAAGAAGAUCAAGCAGGAGUUGGACGAGCCAAUUCUUUUGGCAUUCAAGCAGCCCAAGGAGGAUAUGUGGGACAAGGUCAUGAACGCAUUCGAGAAGACUCGUUCUGAAGCCGAGUUGACAUUCCUAUCUAAAGCUCGCAGCUUCAACUCGUCAGAGGAAGAGCAAGAUGCCGGGGUUGGUGAAUUGCGCAAGCAUGCCUGGACGGUCUUGAGGUCACGAAUCGAUGAGGAGGCUACUGAUGGCAACUUGUCGUCCAACCUGCGUGAGUACUUUGAGGACCGCUUCCGGUACGACGAGGAUGGUGUUCCCAGGGUGUGGAAGCCCAGCGACGAUAUCGACAGCAAGUACAGGGAUGCGCGUAAUGAGACACUCAAGCUCAUUCCGAUUAUCUCGACGAUCCGGCUGUCAGACGGCUCUCAGCCUAGCGUGGACAUUGCAGGGAGUGAAGACGGCGUGGAGCCGAAGGACCUGUUUCAGGUGCUUUCAGCCUCGCGUCAACGGGACAUCUCGGACCGAUUUAGGCGUGCUGCGGAUGCUGUGUACGUGGAAGCAAAGAGGUCUACGAUUUCGUCUGGUGCGAGCAUUCCUAUCUGGAUGUACGGAUUGAUGGUGGCUCUUGGAUGGAACGAGUUUAUUGCGGUGUUGAGAAACCCAGUUUACUUUUUGUUCCUUGCGCUUCUCGCUGCUGGAGCUUACACCGUCUACUCAUUGAACCUCGGCGGACCCAUUGAGAGGGUGUCAAGGGCCAUGAUCGGACAGGUGGUGGACAUCAGCAAAGAAAAACUACGUGAAUGGAUCGUGGAGACAAAAGAGGCAAUCCCUGUUCCUAUUCGCUCCGAUGUACACAGCGUGCCGAAGCCUGUGCAAGUGGAGAUGAAGGAACUCGAUGAAGAUGGGAAGAGGAAGCUUUAA